AUUUUUUAAAAAUUAAAUAAAAAAUAUACAUAUCAAGAGAAAAUAUGAUGUUUACUAAAUCUACUUUAAUUAUUUCUAAAAACUUAAAUAAUAAAUUAUUUUCAAAUUUCAGUUAAUUCAUAAAAUAUAACUUUGAAGAUGCUUUAAAUUUUAAAGCAUGCCUGACCUAGGAUGAAUUAUAAAUAAUGGAAAAUGCACGCCAAUUUUCUUAAGACAAGCUUUAACCCCGUAUAAAGGAUGCUUAUAAUCAUGAAAAAUUUGAUGUUAAUAUUAUGAAAGAAUAUGGUUAAAUGGGUUUUUUAGGCUGUACUAUUUAAGACUAUGAUUUACCUGGAGUAUCAUACACAGCUUAUGGAUUAAUUAAUAGAGAAGUUGAACGAGUUGAUAGUGGUUAUAGAAGUGCUUUAAGUGUUUAAAGUUCUCUAGUAAUGCAUCCUAUAAAUGAGUUCGGAUCAAAACAUUUGAAAGAUAAAUAUAUUCCAAGAUUAGCUACAGGAGAUUUAAUUGGUUGCUUUGGAUUAACAGAACCUAAUCAUGGAUCAGAUCCUGGAUCUAUGGAUUCAUAUGCUAAAAAAGAUGGUGAUGAUUAUAUCUUAAAUGGAUGUAAAACUUGGAUUACUAAUUCCCCAAUCGCAGAUGUAUUUGUAGUAUGGGUUAAAGACGAUAAAAAUGAUAUAAGAGGUUUUGUAUUAGAAAAAGAAAUGAAAGGAUUAACAGCCCCUAAAAUAGAUGGUAAACUUUCAUUAAAAGCAUCAAUUACAGGUUAGAUAGUUAUGGAUGAUGUAAGAGUCCAUAAAUCUUAAAUGUUAGAUGUUAAAGGUUUAAAGGGACCUUUUUCAUGUCUUAAUAAUGCUCGUUUUGGUAUUGCAUGGGGAACUUUAGGAGCAGCAGAAUUUUGUUUUCAUGCCGCCCGACAAUAUUGUUUAGAUAGAAAAUAAUUUGGUGUACCAUUAGCUGCAUUUUAGUUAAUUUAACACAAAUUCGCUGAAAUGUAAACAGAAAUUGCAUUGGGUUUACAAGCAGUUUUAUAAGUUUCACGAAUGAAAGAAUAAAAAACACUAGCACCUGAAAUGAUAUCAUUAAUAAAAAGAAAUUCAUGCAUGAAAUCAAUUAAAAUAUGUAGAGAUGCUAGAGAAAUUUUAGGAGGGAAUGGAAUUGCUGAUGAAUAUCAUAUUUAAAGACAUGCUAUUAAUUUAGAAACAGUAAAUACAUACGAAGGUACUAAUGAUAUACAUGCCCUUAUUUUAGGAAGAGCUAUUACUGGAAUACAAGCAUUUACAAGAAGCUAUCCAUGAUUUAACCUACUACAAUUAUAUAUAUUUAUUUUUUUAUAGUUUAAUAUAUUUUAUAUAUUAUAUUUAUUCAAAAUUAAAUCAUUAUUAAAAUUAAUAUUUAAUUAUAUAAAUA